UUGCGGGAAUCUUCUAUCCACUUUUGUCGACGGAUAAUCGGCUAGUUACAAAUACAAUAAUAUCUUACAAUUCAGUGAAUAUAUUCUCUAUUUAAAUUUCUUGGAAUGCCUAUGAUUUAAAAAUGAAUGAUGUACAAAAUAUAAUUGAUCGUCAGCUAGGAAUAUAUUCUCGUCUUAAUUAUGAUAACAUAUUGAAAAGAUUUGUGGUGGAUAAAGAUGAGUCUUUUUAUGGACUGCAGACUGCAUCUCUGGCCGCAAAUUACGACCAGGAUCCUCCUAUAUUCGCAUGUCGGUUUUCUGAAGCCCCAGGAUAUGAACACAUAUUAGCUCUCGCAAAUGAAGAUGGACGGAUUGCCAUUCAGGAUACGCGGUCAGCGUCAACUGCCAGCAGGUUGGAAGGCUUCCAGUGCCACAACAACGCCGUGUUCGACCUGGCGUGGAUGCCGCAACAUAUGAACUUCGUCACUGUGUCAGGAGAUCACACGGCAUGCCUGUGGGACGUGGCGGAGGCGUCCCCCAAGAGAGUAUUAACAUUCUCUCACCACACCAAGUCAGUCAAAAGUGCAGUGUUCCGUCCCGGUGGGCCGGCCGUGUUCGCGACCGGCGCUAGGGACGGUCACAUCCUCGUGUGGGACGUCCGUGCCAGCAAUCAGGUUGCUGUUGUUCUCAAACCUGACAAUUGCCUCAUGAACUGCCAUUCAAGUUUCACACCAAAAACACCAGGAUCCCACAGCAAGAGACCUCGGCUCGAUAACCAUAGACCAAUCAGUAUCACAGGUCUGGUUUUCCAGGACGAUUCCACUUUAAUCUCUUGCGGGGAAUGCGAUGGUAAAAUCAAAGUGUGGGAUUUGCGGAAGAACUACAACGUGUACAAACGCGAACCUCUGCCGAAGCAUUCUAUUCCAUACUGCGGGAGUUCUGCGAAGAAUGGAUACACCAAUCUCAUCAUAGACGACGCUCGGGUUCGUCUGUACGCGAGCUGCAUGGACAAUGUUAUCUACUGCUUUAAUAUAUCAACGUACACUUCCAUACCGGAGCAGAGAUACGUUGGUCACGAAAACAGCACCUUCUACAUCAAAACCUGCCUCAGUCCGGAUAGCAUGUACCUCGUGAGCGGAAGUAGUGAUAAAAAUGCUUAUAUAUGGAACGUGAAGUAUUCUGAGCCAGUGGUGAAAUUAGUGGGGCACUGGGCGGAGGUUACUUGCCCGGCUUGGUGCCAUAAGGGAGACUUGAAAAUAGUGACAUGCAGCGACGAUGCCAGGCACAAAAUAUGGAGGAUAGGUAGAGAAUUCUCUGACACAGAUCCAGAAUACAAAGGCGUCGCGGAAAUAGUCCCGCGCAAAGACAUCUCCCAGCCACCGCAAUGGGGAGCCCUUGAUAAAACUCCAAAUUCUUUGAAGAGAAAAUUGAUUUGUACGCCGGGCUCUCGUUCUUCAAAACGUGCUCGCUCCCAAGAGAACAACUGUCCGAGGAAAACAAAGCGUUGUCUCACAGAUCUCAUGAACGCCUCCAAAGAUGCCGAUGAACCUGAUGUUGCCAAAAGACUGAAGCUAGACUUACCAACUGUACUGGAGGUAGAGGAACCAAAAUUGCUGCCGGCUGGAUCCAAACGACCUCUGGAGACGGAGGAUAGUCUGCCUCUGAAGCAUGACUGUUCCCUAACACCCCCGGCUUCCAGUGAUUGGAACUACAGCUUCCCCAAAGCUGGAACGUCAUUCCUGACCCCCACCAAGAAUUUUGAGAAGAAAUGUUGCAAGAUGUUGUCCCUGAAGAGUCCUAAAGAGACUUCGCCUACAGCGCGGAGAGUUUCAGUUUCUCCACCUAAAGUUAUGAUCGUAUCGUUCACUACACCCACUAAAAAUCUGCCGAACUUUGUGUUGGAUGGCGAGGCUCCACAUUUACGACUGAUGUCUCCAAUGAAGAAGAAACAAGAUACAACAAAUUGGCUGACGCGUAUAGUUCGGGAGAAGAAAGGAAAAGCUGUUGAUCCCGACAAAAUUACAAAUCCAUCAAUUUGUGUAAGCCCCAAAGAGAACCUGCCUCCGCGCAGAAAUUCUGUCACUGAAAAAACUCCAAAAUCAAACAAGAGUAGAACAUUAUUACAAUACUUUAGUGUUGCUAACAAGAAGAUCAGUUAGAUCAAGCCGUGCUGGUGUGACCAGUGUAGUCUGUAUGUGAUAUUAUGUUAUGAUUAAAUAUUUCUUGUGAUGUGACGUACCCGUUGAUAAAUUGAUAAAUAAAUCGAAAAUAUAUGACUGAUUUA